UCAGGCAAGAUGGCGGAGUUCGACUUGACCACGCGUAUGGGCCAAUACUUGGACCGGCAUUUAGUGUUUCCUUUAUUAGAAUUUUUAUCUGUGAAAGAGCUUUAUGAUGAAAAAGAAAUGCUGAAAGGCAAGCUUGAUUUGUUGAGCAAUACCAACAUGGUUGACUUUGCAAUGGAUGUUCACAAAAACCUUUAUCCAGACCAGGAUGUUCCUAACAGUCUAAAGGGCAAAAGACAGGAUGUUGUUGCCCAAUUGAAAAGUUUACAGGCAGAAACUGAACUGAUUACGAAGAUAUUUGAAGACCCAGAAGUUGUGAGACAGAUGCAAAGUUCAAGAGACGGUCGACAGCUGUUUGAAUUCCUAAACAAAGAACAUGGGUUUGAAGCCAGUAUGGUGGACACAUUGUACACUUAUGCUAAGUUUCAGUACGAAUGUGGAAACUACUCAGGAGCAGCUGAAUACCUCUAUUUUGUCAGAGUUUUGCUUCCAUCAACAGACAGUCAUUUCUUAGAUGCCAUGUGGGGUAAACUUGCUUCAGAAAUCCUAAUGCAGAAUUGGGAGACAGCACUAGAUGAUCUACAGAAGCUGAAAGACAUCAUUGAUAGCAAUCCAUUUGGUUCAGCUCUUCAGAACCUUCAGCAGAGAACCUGGCUGAUUCACUGGAGUUUGUUUGUCUUCUUCAAUCAUCCUAAAGGCAGAGAUCUGAUUAUAGACAUGUUUAUAUACCAGCCUCUAUACCUGAAUGCUAUCCAAACAACAUGUCCACACAUCCUUAGAUAUUUAACCACAGCAGUCAUUACAAACAAAAGUAGACGAAGGACUGUCAUGAAAGAUUUAGUCAAGGUCAUUCAACAGGAAAGCUACAAAUACAAGGACCCCAUCACAGAGUUUGUGGAAUGUCUCUAUGUCAACUUUGACUUUGAUGGAGCUCAACAGAAACUUAGAGAAUGUGAAGAGGUGCUGGUGAAUGAUUUCUUUUUGGUGGCAUGUUUGGAUGACUUCAUUGAGAAUGCUCGCCUGCUGAUCUUCGAAACUUUCUGUAGAAUACAUGAAUGUAUUAGCAUAAACAUGCUGGCAGAGAAGUUGAAUAUGACAGAGGAAGAUGCUGAAAGAUGGAUUGUAAACCUCAUAAGGAAUGCUCGACUGGAUGCUAAAAUUGACUCAAAACUGGGCCAUGUUGUGAUGGGAGCACAAGCUGUGUCCCCGUAUCAACAAGUCAUCGAGAAAACCAAAGGCUUGGCAUUCAGAUCACAGAUGCUUGCCAUGAAUAUUGAAAAGAAACUGGGAAUCAAAACUGGAGAUCUACCACAGUGGGGACAGGAGUAAUCACAUAGAAAUUUCCAUUUUUCCGCCAUCGAGUCAUGAAAUACAACAAAAGUGCUGAUUAUCUGUGUGCUACCAUGGAUGCAACAGUGAUAUAUUGGAUUGAGUUCAAUAGACUAUGGAUUAAUUUAUUACAAAAUAUGACCUGGAAAAUUAAACGGAAAAUGAAGUAAUAAAUUAUUAAUAUUUUUUUC